UUGCAGUGUUUUAGGGCGUGUGAUACGUGUUUAUUGCUGUCCUUGGUUGCUGUUGCAAAGGGCCGGCGAUUUACAAUAUUUUUGUGUUUUUUUGGUGACGAGUGGUGGAUGGUGAACGAUAAAAAUAUAUUCAGAAAUUGGAAGAGUUCUUCGACAUAUUUUUUUACUUCUGCCUGGUUGAGACUGUUGGUCUUCUAGCCACCCAUCAGUCCAGCCGCAAUGGCCACAGAUGAUGUCAAGGAAGCCACUGAGGGUGUUGGAGCACUUAGUGUCACUGAGAAGGCCAGCAAUAGAGUCUCAGAAAAGUGGGGACUUGAGCUGCAGCAUCUCUACCACUUGGCUGUCAAGUUUUACAAAGACAACUCUGGCAAGGUGCUGCAGCCGAGUUAUGAGCAGAAGCUGCAGCUGUCGGCUCUGCAGCAGCAGUCAGUCCACGGACCGUGCCGGCCGGACGCGCUGCCGCCGCUCGGAGUGCUGGACGUCAUCGGACGCGACCGCAGACAGGCGUGGCAGGCGCUCGGUGAACUGAGCCGACCCGAGGCCAUGACUCGCUACAUUGAGCUGCUAGACUCUGUGUGUGCUACGUUCCGGCCGUAUGCGGAGGCACACAAGUGUGACCUGGAGGCCAAACAGCGGAAACUAGAAGAGGCGCAGAACUCUGCCCGCCAGGAGCUUCAGGAGCAGGAGGAGGGUCGCCAGCGGCUGGAGCAGAUGGCCAUUCAGCAGGAGCAGGAGGAGGCUAGGAGACAGGAGGAGACCAAGCGACACAUCAAGGAGGCUCUGAACCAGCAGACGCGGGCUCAGUUUCGGGCCUACGCCGAACAACAGUACCCGGGCAGCCCUGAUCAGCAAGCGGUGCUGAUCGAGCAGCUUCAGGAGCAGCACUAUCAGCAGUACAUGCAACAGCUGUACCAGCAGCAGCUCCAGCAGCAGCAACAGCAGCAGCAGCGACCGGCGCCGGUGGAGACCAGUGGAGGCGGGGCGGCCGAACCCCAGUCGGUUGGGGCGUCCGAACAAGCCGCAGAGCCGGCCGCGUCCGCUGUGCCAGCCGCGCCGGCUAGCUCACAGGGCGACGCUGCCGGGACGGGGACAGGAGCCGCAGUGCCUCCCCCAGUGAGUGCCGCCAUGGCCGCCGUCCAGACCCCGGAGACGGAGGCUCUGCUGGAGUCGGGAGCCGACAGGUCACUCCGGGAGACGGACGGACUGCUAGCAGAGUCGGCGGGCGAGGAGUCCGACUCCGGAGACGAGCAUGUUCCGGACGUCGGCUCUGCCAGUAUGUGGACGCGCAAGGACCUUGCCGAGUUCAAACAGGCCAUCAAAGCCGAGGGAGGUGACGCAGUACUCAAAGUUGGUCACGGAGAGACGGUCACGAUCCGCGUACCUACUCACGAGGAUGGCACGUGUCUGUUCUGGGAGUUCGCCACGGACAGCUACGACAUCGGCUUCGGCGUGUUCUUCGAGUGGGGUCCCUCAGAGGACAGCGAGGUGACCAUCCACAUCAGCGAGAGCGAGGAUGAGGACGAGGACCCCGAGAAUGCCGAUGAUCCGGAGCGGGGCGCUCACGCGGCCGCCGAGGACCGUCCGCUAACCACCUGUGUGAUUCCCGUGUACCGGAGGGACUGCCAUCAGGAGGUGUACGCCGGAUCGCAUGUCUACCCUGGCCAGGGCGUGUACCAGCUCAAAUUCGACAACUCCUACAGUCUAUGGCGCUCCAAGACGCUCUACUAUCGUGUCUAUUACACGCGGUGAAAGACCCACGAGCGCUCACCCGGCUGUGUAGCGCCGCGGCGCCGGUCAGUGUGGGGUCUGAGACCAGACCAUGGACCAGUCGCGGCAGAUCAGACCAUGGUCUGUGGUGUGGAUGAUCCAGCCCGGAGUGGUGGUGGGUGAUCCACCGAGUUACCAGCGCUCUGAGGCAGCGGACCGCUGAGGCUACUGCUGUAAGGGCUGGCAGGUGGAUAUUGGUGGAGCGAUGGGAACAAGAGGCUAGGUACUGUCAGAGCUGAGGUAGAUUCUAUGCUGUAGUGGUUUUAGCCGUGUCAGCGAGGACGAGAGACGUCUGUGAACGCUGGACUGUGGACUGUGGACGGCAGACUGGCGGCUGCCUGUGGACAGCUGGGAGCGAAGUGGAUAUUCCACACCGUUUUGUUGUACUGAGAGGUGGACGUCACUGUGCAAUGUAAUUAUAUGGGCAGGUGAUGCUACGUUACACGGAAUCCUGUAUACUCACUAGUCACUGGGCCCACGGGGCGGUGGACUGUUGGAUCGUAUAGUAUUGCCACCAACUGUCCCAGUGCCCUCUGCUGCUGCGGCCUUCUUUCCAUGGCCCUCUCAGCUCCGCCAACGGCCAUCCUAGUACCGUCUCCAGGCCCGUGCAGCUCUGCCCGUAGUCCUCCAGUACCGCUCUCCACCCUCCCAUCUGUACUCUCUGGCGCUCGCAGCCCCGCCGGCCGUCCCAGUACCGCCAUCUGCCCCUUUUAGCUCUCUGCAGUGAUGCCAAGCCGACCUGAUCGGCCGGUAGUGAGCCUUUCAGAACUAUCACGGAUGUCUCCCAGCUGACUACUCCGGCAGGGGAAGUCAUCAGGUGACUGCACGGCGCCUCACAGACUGACCGCUCCACCUGAUUGGACUAGAAAGAACGGAGAUUGCGCCGCCGCUGCCGCCCGCCGCUGGUGGACGUUUAGCGGAAAUGUGCAGUAGAUACUGUAUGCGGCACAUACUGUAUGGAGUCGUCCAGGAGGCUCAUUGAGCCAAUAUACGACUCAUUCUGUCCGGCCCAUGGUCGGAUCAGAUCCCCGUGUCUCCUCUGCCCCGGGCAUUUCAUGUGUUGUUCUGUUGUUUUGUAGAUGCUUAUGUUGCGCCGCGUCGCGAUUCGUGUCAUGAAUGGCGUGACUGUUUGGUGUUUGGGUGUCCCCCGAUGUGUGGGGCAGGGCUAGUGUGAAACAUGCUACAGGCACGCCGGGUUUGGCUAGGGAGAGGUCUUACUGUAUCUUAUGAUUGAUUGUGGGCAAGGCGUGGUGAUUUUGAGAGCCGAUCCGUCGCCGCCAGCGCCACCACUCAUGUACUUGUGUUUCUCGGACUGUUCGUCCGAGGGCAGCACUGGUCCGGUGUUUGGCGUUAGUGGACGGGCCGUGGUGUCGCUUCUCUAGGCGUUCGUUGUCGCAAUGGCUGUCCCGUUGACUGCCGUUUGCGUCGCAGCACCGUAGAGUGCUCAGAGGCUCUGGGCAUUUGAGUCGUAUGGAUGAACGGGCUUUAAAGUGUAUAACCAAUUACAUGUGUGAGUGUGUCCGUGGAAUACAGCUAUGUUGUAUCUUACAGAUGUGAUGUUUUCUGUUCUGAAUAUUUAUCAAUAUCAUUUUAUUGA